AUGCAAAAUGACCCUGAAUGUACAGCCGGAAUCAUUAUUAUUGGGGACGAGAUUUUAAAGGGUCAUACAAAAGAUACGAAUUCUUAUUUUCUGCUGAAGAAGCUGUGGUCCUUAGGAGUCAAGGUGGGGAAAGUGUCGGUCGUUUCGGACGAUGUGGAUGAAAUUGCCGGUGAAGUGAAAAAAUUCUCUUCUCGAUUUUCCGUCGUGAUCACCACCGGUGGAAUUGGCCCUACUCAUGACGAUGUUACAAUGCAGGGAGUCGCCAAAGCGUUUGAGGAAGAUGUAGUCCUCAACGAAGAGUUAGUGAGGUUGAUUUCGGGUGCGUAUGAACUUUCAGAACAUCAAAUCAAUUCGUCCCAUCUGAAAAUGGCCCGUGUCCCUUCCUCAGUCAAGCUGUCUUACGGCAAAGAUUCAUCUGGGAGACCGAGUAAUUUUCCCCUUAUCUCUGCACAUAACGUGUAUAUAUUCCCUGGUGUCCCUCAGUUCUUGGAAGAAGAGUUUGGCGUUUUAGAAAACCUGCUAUCAAUUUCGAACUCUAAGAAACGGUUUUUCCUGCGAAAGAUUUACCUCUCGGCAGACGAAACAGCUAUAGCUUCUGUUUUGGAUGAAGUGGAUGAGAAAUUUAAAGGGAUCGUACAUUUAGGAUCGUACCCUAAUGUCUGCAAUCAAGAAUUCAAGGUCAAGUUGACUGUGGAGUCUGAUACCAUGAGUAGCCUAGAGGAGGCCUGGCACUACCUUUUGGCAAGAUUGCCUGAGGACCUCAUUGUGAAGACAGAGGGAGGUAUCGCUGAUGCAUCAAUACCAAAUUGUCUAUCCAGUCAACCUCCAAAUAAGGACCGUGAGCAGGUACUGAACAUGGAAAAAGUCUAUCACCUACUGGAUCCCAAGGAUGAGUCAAACACCAGUGCCUGUGUUAAAGGAGCAUGGGCCAUUAUACAGCAAACCCUACAGCUGUAUUCCUUGGAUGAAUUGUGUAUCAGUUUCAAUGGCGGCAAGGACUGCACUGUACUAUUACACAUUUUACAUGCUGUGGUUAAUAAGCUGUCACCCCCACCCAAAAAACUGAAGGCUUUGUACAUUCGCUAUGACUCACCAUUUCCUCAAGCAGAAGAGUUUAUCUCGGAAACAACUGAAAGGUACAACUUGAAUCUCCUAACUAUGACGGGAGAUAUUAAAGCAGCCCUGAAGACUUUGAAAGAAACUCAGCCUGCAAUCAAAGCGAUCAUGUUGGGAACUAGAAGGCAUGACCCUUUUUCGGAUGCACUGCGCACUUUCUCUCCUACAGACCCAGACUGGCCACACUACAUGAGGGUAAAUCCAAUUUUGGAUUGGCAUCACGCUGAUGUGUGGUCUAUGAUCAGAGAGUGCAGUAUUCCAUACUGCUGUUUAUAUGAUGAGGGAUACACAUCACUGGGAAGUACCCACAACACAACCCCAAACCCUGCCUUAAAAUAUGACGACGGCAGCAACAUGUACAAACCUGCUUACAUGUUGGAAGAUGGACACCUCGAAAGGGCUGGUAGAAACUGAAAAGAAAAUUUGUUUUCUCUUGACAAUUUGUUGAAUACGAAUUUGUUUACCCCACAAAGGCAUUAACCCAAAAUCUACAUGUAACAUUUCUGAUAUAAUCUUGAUUAAUUUUUUAAUCUGAAUUAAUUUACUCUUAGUGACGUAAUUUCUUGCUGUUAGGUGGCUCCCUAUGGUUUUAGGAUGGCAUGUGGGAAGCUCAAGUAAUCUGUGCGCACUGGAAGGAAAACAUCAGUGUUUUUUUCGAUAUUUUAUGACAUCAACAUGAGCACAAAAAGCAAAACUGACAGUGAAUUUUCUUGCAUUUCCUUUGGUGAAAUUCCCUAAAAUUUUGGCGGGUUGGUAGUGAAUAUUUUACUUUAGUCAGAGCUCGUUUUUCAGGGAAAUCUAUAAGCCCAGUUU